GGGAUAUCUGAUGCAAUGGCCACGGGAAGCCAAACAGGCCAGCUAAGAUAGCUACCUAAAUAAGGACUAAUUAACAGUUCCUUGGUUUACCCUCAAGUUCUACCUGCAAUCUAACCUCUCUAGUACAGAAUCCUCUUAUGUCUAGAUAUCAUUUAUCCUUUAUAGCUGCGAGUAGUAUACGUAUAACUAGGUAGUAUCUACCACCUUUUAAAAGGGGUAUCUCGAAGCAAGUGGAUAAAGCGCCUAGCCAUUAAUCGGUCAUCUCCGUUCAACUUCUCCAGAUUUGCUCUUAUUCCGCACCUUAUCUGGUUCUUUGAGCCAGUUGCGCCUUAGUAAAUUGCUAGUAUACCAUUUAUUUGUGCCAACCUUUCGAAUUUUGAGGACGGUGAGGUCACUAAGUCACAUAGAUCAUGGAGAUGACCGGGAAUAUGGCACUAUUUAAGGCGGUGAACAUCGGAGACACGUACUAAAUUUGGGGUCGACGAGGCAGAGGUAAUCCGUAUAAGUAUCAAGGCGAUGAGAGUGCAAGAAAAGAGACAAAUUCCGCAAUAACUAAUUAUCACAUAUCAUCAACAAUGGCACCACCAACAACAACAACAACAACUGCUACUACUUACACCACGAAGCAAUGGGUCCUCGCUUCGAAGCCUACGGGCGCUCCGGUGCUCUCCGGCCCCGAUGCGACAUUCAAAUUACAGACGACGACACUGCCGCAGCUAAAGGAAGGUCAACUCCUGUGCAAGGUGCGAUAUUUCUCCAAUGACACCGGCCUCCGCAAUUUUAUCCAGAGCACAGUCGCCCCCGAGCGCUUCUACGUGCCCACGGUCCCUGUGGGGUCGCCCAUGCGGUCGGGCAUUAUUGCCGAGGUAAUCGAAUCCACGGCACCGAAUUACAAAGCCGGAGAUCUAGUUAUGGAUUUUCACCUCGGCACUUGGAGUGAACUCGUCGUGCUGGACGCCGCUACUUCGCAACCUCUGGCUCCUUUGCCCAACAACCUGCCCCUUACCCAUCACCUUGGUGCAUUCGGCGCAUCCGGACUGGCAGCAUAUACCGGCUUGGCUUACGCCGGAGGUGUAAAGGCCGGAGACACGGUUGUAGUGUCGGCGGCUGCCGGUGCUACAGGAUCCAUGGCCGUGCAGAUUGCGAAAGUGCUUCUGGGUGCCAAGCGCGUUAUUGGUAUUGCUGGUUCGGAUGAGAAGUGCGCGUGGGUACGCGAGCAGCUCGGUGCCGACGCGUGCAUCAACUACAAGAGCCCGACUUUCGUGGAGGAACUGAAGGCCGUGACACCAGAUGAGGUUGACGUAUACUUGGACAAUGUGGGGGGCCACGUGUUGGAUGCCAUGUUGACGCGCAUGAAGAAGAACGGUAACAUUGCCGUCUGCGGCGCAGUCAGUGGGUAUAACUCGGACGAGCCUAUGGCGCUGCGAAACUGGUUCGAGGUCAUCUCCAUGAGGAUCAACAUCCGCGGAUUCAUCAUGUUGGACUACCUAGACAAGGCUCCUGCUAUCCUUAAGGAUCUCAUCGGCGCUGCGGCGGACGGUAGAAUCAAGCUGCAGGAUGGCGAGACUGUAGUAGAGGCUAAGAUCGAGGAGCAGCCCGAGAUAUGGAUGAGGCUGUUCAAAGGUGGAAACCAGGGCAAGCUGCUCACCAAACUUAUUAUUUAGAAUUAGAGGCCACUCCGCCGGAGAGGGAAUCGACUUCAUCUAUGGUUGUUGAUUAAUUGCUCGUGUACAUACACUGACUUACCAGCUGAAUCACUAAAACAUGAAACGUAUCCGCAAAAUAGUUCGGUCUGGUUCGACUGAUCGUCGUCUGUCUGUGC